CUCCAAAGGGCAAAGCCGCCUCAACGCCUCACAAACACAUCACGGUUUUAUUACAUAGAAAAAGGAACUGAUGGAGGGUCUCCGCCUCGCGCCACCUCAACCGACGCUACUCCACCGUACAGAGACGGUGCUACGUACAUCAUUCAUUGGGCCACACUUUACAAAGAAAUGUAUCGCCCAUCGGAUCAGAGUCUCUGUGUCAAAACCGACGGCUGAGGUCUCUUCCCCGACCCUUACUUCUAGCGAAGACACUGUCGCUUCGUCUCCGUCGCAAGGUUUCGUGGUGGCGCCUUCCGAUCGGCCGAGGGUGUCUGCCAAUUCCCUGCAAUAUCCCUCAGGGUACUUAGGUGCGGUUCCAGAACGUUCAGUGGACGAAGGAAAAGGCGACGUGAAGACUGCGAUGGAAUACUUAACGAAUAUAUUGUCGUCCAAAGUUUAUGAUGUGGCGAUAGAGUCGCCGUUACAAUUGGCGACUAAGUUGUCUGAACGAUUGGGUAAUCAAGUUUGGCUCAAGAGAGAAGAUUUGCAGCCGGUAUUCUCUUUUAAGCUUCGUGGAGCUUAUAAUAUGAUGGCUAAGCUUACGAAGGAGCAGUUAGAAAAAGGGGUUAUUUGCUCAUCAGCAGGAAAUCAUGCCCAAGGGGUUGCAUUGGCUGCCAAGAAGCUUGGUUGCAAUGCUGUUAUCGCUAUGCCUGUUACAACUCCUGAAAUUAAGUGGCAAUCUGUUGAGAGGUUGGGUGCAACUGUUGUUCUCGUUGGAGAUUCUUAUGAUGAGGCACAAGCAUAUGCUAAAAAGCGGGCUAAAGAGGAAAGUCGUACCUUUAUACCCCCUUUUGAUCAUCCAGACGUUAUCAUGGGACAAGGUACUGUUGGAAUGGAGAUUGUGCGCCAAAUGCAAGGCCCAUUGCAUGCAAUCUUUGUUCCUGUUGGUGGCGGUGGGCUCAUAGCUGGCAUUGCUGCUUAUGUAAAGAGGGUUUCCCCAGAGGUGAAGGUUAUUGGAGUGGAGCCUUCUGAUGCAAAUGCAAUGGCAUUGUCGUUGCAUCAUGGUGAAAGAGUGAUGUUGGACAAGGUUGGAGGAUUUGCUGAUGGAGUAGCUGUUAAGGAAGUUGGUGAAGAAACCUUCUGUCUAUGUAGAGAAUUGGUCGAUGGUGUUGUUCUUGUAAGCCGUGAUGCUAUUUGUGCCUCUAUAAAGGACAUGUUUGAAGAGAAGAGGAGCAUUCUAGAACCAGCAGGUGCCUUAGCUCUUGCAGGAGCUGAAGCAUAUUGCAAAUAUUAUGGUUUGAAAGGAAAGAACAUUGUAGCUAUAACUAGUGGCGCGAACAUGAAUUUUGAUAAGCUUAGAGUGGUUACCGAACUGGCUAAUGUGGGUAGAAAACAAGAGGCAGUUCUUGCAACCAUUUUGGCAGAGAAGCCUGGAAGCUUUAAACAAUUUUGUGAACUGGUGGGACCAAUGAAUAUCACCGAGUUCAAAUAUAGAUGUAGUUCUGAUAAAGCGGCUGUCGUUUUGUACAGUGUUGGCGUUCACAUGGUUUCUGACCUUGAAGCAAUGAAGCAGAGGCUGGAAUCUUCUCAACUUAGAACCUACAAUCUUACAGCAAGUGAUUUGGUUAAAGAUCACUUGCGAUAUUUGAUGGGAGGCAGAUUGAAUGUAGAAAACGAGGUUCUAUGCCGAUUUAUUUUCCCGGAGAGGCCUGGUGCUUUGAUGAAGUUCUUAGACACAUUUAGUCCACGGUGGAAUAUUAGUUUGUUCCAUUACCGCGGUCAGGGUGAAACAGGAGCUAAUGUGUUGGUCGGAAUUCAAGUUGGGAAGAGCGAGAUGGAGGAGUUUAUACAAAGAUCGGAAAGUCUUGGAUACGAGUAUGUAUUGGUAACCAAUGACAGCAAUUUCCAACUUCUGAUGCAUUAGUUAAGAAAUAGGUUCUCAUAUUUAUAGAAAUAGAAUAUGUAGCUCGCAAUAAGGUUUAAGGUCUUGGUUUUUCUUGCAUUGGACUAAAUACUUUCAGACUUAUAUGUACCCAAUAAUAUAUGAGCUUCAUGAUUUAAAUAUCGAAUUAGAGGUCAGUCAAACCAGUGAGAUCUCCAUUGGUUUAAUUUUGUAUAUAGUUUUGAGCAGUGGACGCCAUGUGACUAGAAAUUUGCAUAUGUAUCAUGUAUGUAAGGUAGUAAAGCUCAAGAGGUAGGAGCCAACUUCUUAGCUUCUGGUUCCUUUGAAUAUGUACAGACCAACUCUUCUAAAACAAUUAUUUAUUCAAACAAAACAAUUCAAGCU